AUGCCACUCAUACGCACGGCAAUUAACCGCUUCCGUUGCAUUCCAAAACCCUUCGAAUUCAACUCUUCAUCUUAUUAUCCUUCAUCCUUAUCUUUAGAUUCUACUAUUAAACACGAUGAUGAUUAUCUCACCGGUGAAUUUGUUUUUAAACCCCGUCUUGGAAAUCACUUUGCUUGGCCAGGAAAAUGGAUUGUUGCUUAUCUCCCUUCAAUUCGACUGAAAUCAUGUUACAUUGCUUGUGCAUGUGGUGAAAUAUAUGCUCCGCCGUGUGCUUAUGUUUAUUUCUUUGGAUUCACUAUUGAAGUCACAUUUUUAAGAGGUGUUUACGACAAACUUGGAAUUGAACCACAAGUUGUGACUGCAUUACUGGAUGGUGCCCAUUCAAAUUGGCUGGAUAAAGUCUCUUCGGCUAGAGGAAAGAAAAUAGAAGAUAUUGAAAAUAAAGAGAUGGGAAGAAGACGGUUUUACAACAGGCAUACUCUAUGA